GAAUUUAGAUUUUUAUUGCGUUUGGUAAACCAUAAUUGUACGAGAAGAACAGUUUGCUGACCUUUUUAGUGUCCAUGAAAACUCUGGACUAUUCGACUGAUCUGCUCUGGUUGAGUUCAUAGGGUAUGAUUCUAUACAAAGCUGUCGCUUACUAAGCUACCAUUUCAGCGAUUUGCUUACUAUUAUGAUCAGUUUCACCAAGCAGACCUUCAAGCCCGCUAUCGCAAUCCCCAAACCCAAUUCCGCGUCAGCUUUCUCUGGCCGGGUAUUGAGUUUCAGGUCCGAUUUCGGAUCGGAGCCCCUGAAGAUUCACACGGGAGGUAGAGAUUUCUGUUACCGGCUGUUCCUGCUGGAUCGGAGUGGUGGUGAAAUGGAGCUGGUUAGGAAAUUGAGCCGAGGGUGCUUCUCAGACCCGCCGAAGGAUGAUCAGGAGGUUGAAUUAGAGCCGGUUGAAGGCGGCGAAGAUGUUUUUGAUGCUGCAGUUGCGGACUCCGAGGUCCAGCCCGAACACCUUGUGAUCAUGGUCAAUGGACUUAUUGGGAGUGCUGAUGAUUGGAGAUAUACUGCCAAACAAUUUGUAAGAAGGCUCCCUGAUAGAGUUGUAGUUCAUUGUAGUGAAUGCAAUCAUUCACGAUUAACUUUUGACGGCGUUGAUCGAAUGGGUGAAAGAUUGGCUGAAGAGGUGGUGGAAGUGGUUAAACGCUGGCCUGGAUUGCACAAAAUCUCUUUUGUUGCUCACUCUUUGGGCGGACUUGUUGCACGAUAUGCUAUUGGGAGGUUAUAUGGGUCUUCCACAAAAGUUGAAGUAAAAGAUUUUAAUGGUUUCUGUUCAAGUGUGGAUACAGAUGGCGGUGUGCGUGAGAAGUUUGAUGAUGAAAGGAUUGCCGGAUUAGAGCCCAUUAAUUUCAUAACAGUUGCUACUCCACAUUUGGGUUCCAGAGGACACAAACAGCACUCUCGGUUGAUGAUAGACAUGAUGGCUGGGAAGGUCUUGUUUCUCCUUUUUUGCUUGAAUGUGAUCUCAAAUAUAGUGAUGGCUGCUGGUCCACCAACAUGCCCUGCAGAUAUUAAUAGUGAUUGUGCAAGUGGCUCAGGUGAAUGGGAAGGUGAAUUCUUCCCUGGAAUUCCCAAGAUUAAAUAUGAGGGUCCUUCUAGUAAGAACCCACUGUCUUUUAAAUGGUACAACGCUGAGGAGGAGAUUCUUGGGAAAAAGAUGAAGGAUUGGAUGAGGUUUAGUGUUGCAUUUUGGCAUACAUUCCGUGGCACAGGUUCUGAUCCAUUUGGUGCACCUACGAAAUUAUGGCCAUGGGAAGAUGGCACUAACUCCCUGGCGAUGGCUAAGAGGAGGAUGAGAGCAAACUUUGAGUUACUAGACAAGCUUGGAGUGUCUCUGUGGUGCUUUCACGACAGAGACAUUGCUCCUGACGGCAAAACACUAGAGGAGGCCAAUGCAAACUUGGACGAAGUGGUAGCACUUGCUAAAGAGCUUCAGGGUUCAAAGAUCCGGCCUUUAUGGGGUACAAGUCAGUUGUUUGUGCAUCCACGAUACAUGCAUGGUGGUGCAACUAGCUCUGAAUUAGGAGUAUAUGUCUACGCUGCAGCACAAGUCAAGAAGGCUAUGGAGGUUACACAUUACCUUGGUGGUGAGAAUUAUGUUUUCUGGGGUGGCCGAGAGGGUUAUCAGAGUCUUUUGAACACAGACAUGGAAAGGGAGCUGAACCAUUUGGCAAGAUUCAUGGAAGCUGCUGUUGCUUAUAAGAAAAAGAUUGGAUUUAAAGGAACAUUGUUCAUUGAGCCUAAGCCUCAGGAACCUACCAAGCAUCAGUAUGACUGGGAUGCUGCUACAACUGCUAAUUUCUUGCGGAAAAAUGGGCUUAUAGAUGAGUUCAAAUUGAAUAUUGAAUGCAACCAUGCCACUCUGUCUGGUCACAGUUGCCAUCAUGAAGUUGAGACAGCAAGGAUUAAUGGUUUGCUAGGAAAUAUUGAUGCAAACAGCGGCGAUCCCCAAACUGGCUGGGAUACAGAUCAGUUCCCAAUGGAUGUAGCAGAAGCAACUCUCGUUAUGCUCUCUGUUAUUAAAAAUGGUGGGCUCGCACCAGGAGGAUUCAACUUUGAUGCCAAAUUGCGGAGGGAGAGCACAGAUGUUGAAGACAUCUUUAUCGCUCAUAUUGGUGGUAUGGAUACCCUGGCCCGUGGCCUCCGAAGCGCUGCAAAGCUGAUCGAGGAUGGUUCUCUGAAGGAACUUGUUCGCAAGAGGUACCAAAGUUUUGACUCUGAGCUUGGUGCUGCCAUUGAGGGUGGAAAGGCUGAUUUUGAACUUCUGGAGAAGAAAGCUUUGGAAUGGGGAGAACCCAAAGUCCCUUCUGCCAAACAGGAACUCGCUGAGAUGAUCCUGCAAUCUGCACUGUAGAAGAGAAGAGAAGAGACCCAUCGCCAUGUUUAGCAAUUAGUAUUAGUAUUAGCUUUCCUAUUAGCCAUAAUGACAGACAAGACAGUGUUUUAGUGUCGCAUUCGUAAAUGGUUAAUCAAAUACUCUACUUUCUACUCUAAUAAAUUAUACCCCUAUAUUAUAUUUUACGCCAAAA